GACAAGAAUGAGUUGAACACAGAGAACAAAUACAGUCACAAUUUUUUUGGUCUGUAUUGCACCUGUAACAGACCGUAUCCAGACCCAGAAGACCUGGUAAGGAGUGGACCAUUCACCUCAAAUAGAGUCUAUGAAUUGGUUUUUAGAAAUCAGUAUUCCAGUGAAGAGCUAUUGACCGAAACGUGUGUCUUUCUCAGGUUGAAGAUGAGAUGAUUCAGUGCAUUGUCUGCGAGGACUGGCUUCAUGGCAGGGUAAGGCCUUUGUGGAGCAUCAAAGCAUAAGGAUGUGUUCCAGAUGCACAGGUCCCUGGGCACGUAUUCACAAAGUGUCUCAGAGAAGGAGUGCUGAUCUAGAAUCAGUUUUGCACUUUAAAUCAUAAUUAAUAAGAUCAGUGAGAUCUGAUCCUAGAUCAACACUCCUUCUCUGAGACUCUUUGUGAAUACAGGACAAAUUAUUUAUAGGCCUGGAUAAGUGUUUAACACAGGGUUCUGUUGUUCCAGCCCAGCACCAACACUGGAUUCAGCUAAAGCCAUACAAAGUUGAUUUUACUGUUUCCAGACCCAGACCCAGAAGACCUGGUAAAAAAAAACAAUAGAUUCUUUUGAAUUAUAUGAAUCGAUUCUUUAAAACGAUUAUUCUUGACAAAAUUAAUGAUUCAAUUCGUUGUUGUAGUAGUUCAAUCGCGGUGAAUCGAAUCAUAUGAAUCAAAAUAAUCAUUUGUGAAUGAAUCUCGAACAGUAAUUCAAGCUGUAGCAGUCCUUUUGGAUUAUGUGGCUGCAUAACUUGUUUUGUAGAUACUUCAAUUUGAUUUGGGAAUUCAGUUUAUGGGACAUCGCAACUUAAUAGAUGCUAGUAAGCCUGCAAAGAAACACUUCUAAAGUAAGAUAAAUAUGGGUAAACUAGAAAAGGUACAUUUCCUGAAGGAAAUGUGUGUUUGCUUCAUCUGUGUAAAAAUAUGUGUAUGGUAGUGGGAGAUGUGUGAAAUGUAGAAUUCAAGCUGAAUAGAAGCUGAAGUCGUUUGUUAUAGUAAGAAUAGGUCAGAUUACUUUAGUAGACUGCUAUAUACACUAUAUUUCAGCUAGCACAUCAAUUAAUACAAAUAGCAGAACUAUGCCUCUGAAAAAUGAACUGUGCCUAAAACUCAGCCGUUACAGGCUUUCAAUGGUGCUAUCCAACUCCUGACACCAAUGUAGUUAAUUAGGGGGGGCUACCCUGACCAAGACUCAAACUGGUCCCUGUGACUGUCUUUCCAAAACCAUUAUACCAAAAGUUUAACAUUUAUUGGUAAUGUUGCUAGGUGUUGUACUAAGGUUGUUUAGUAAUUUUACAAGGGGUUCGAUUAUGAUAUAUAUAUAUAUAUAUAUAUAUAUAUAUAUAUAUAUAUAUAUAUAUAUAUAUAUAUAUAUAUAAAUAAAUGAGAUUUUUUUAUUUGCUUGCUAGCCUUACUAAAAAAAAAAUUAUGGUAACAGUAAAUGAACUUUGUAUGGCCUAAUCGUGGUCCAAAUUGAAUGGGUGUGUUCAGUAGGACACAACGUAGCAAAAUGUUUUAAAAUGGAAAGCGAAAAUGAGUAUUCUUAUUAGACAGGUUCAGGUAGGAGCUCCUCUGUUACAAAAUGCUUUCUCGUGUUUUGUGCCUGCUGAACACAGCUCAUGAUAUGUUGAGAAUUGCGUUAGUGCCAGGCUGGAAUAAAAGCCUGUACACCCAGUAGCUCUACAGAACCGGAGAAGGAGAACCCUGGUUUAACAUCCGGGAACCACAUCAACAUAAUAUACAGAUCCUAUAAUCUGUGACGUCCUGCUCAGAAUCUGUAGUCCUAUAUCUUGAACGCUUCCCGAGUCUGUAACUCAAGUCCGGUCUGGUCUUAACAGUGGACCCUUGAUGCCAUAACUGCUCAUAUGAGCACAUGCUAUAUGAGUAUUAUAUGAGUGUUAUUACUGUUUCCUCUAGCACUUGGGCUGCCCUGUGCCGGAGUGUGUGGAGCUCCAGGAGAUGGUGUGUGAGUCCUGCAUGAACAAGGCUCCUUUCCUGUGGACCUACGCUACUCAUCUGGCAGGUACUCUCAUAGAGAUCCUAUAAUUGACAGUGAUUCUAUAUUUAAUUAUAUUGGUACUCUCUCCUUACCUUCAGUUUACUGGCAUGCCCUGAUUAUCAGCUAAUUCGGAAAGAAAACACAAACAAACUUCAGGAUAAGAGACAUCCUUUAGGCCUACUCUUGAGUUCUUUUGAGAGACUACGUUGAGUAUGUUUACAUGAACACUAAUAAUUCGAUAUUAAACUGAUUAUGGCAAUAGGCCGAGUAUGGCAUUAGUCAUGUAAACACCUUACUCUGCUUAUCUUAAUCGGUGUAAGGUCAUAAUCGAAGUAAGCAUACGCCGAGUAAAACACCUGGUUUUCUGGGUUUUCUUUCAAAUUAUUAGGACAUGUAAACAGCUGUGUAUUUGAUCUGCGCAUGUGCUAGCAUGAGCAGUGCAAGCUUCCUUUUGUGCGAGUGAAGUGAGUACGGAAAAACUGAAAUUAUGCAUUUUAGAAAUAGUUUUCACAUACAAACUUUAUAUGUCUGAACUCUGAAUCAAAUAGUUUUCACAAAAAGAACAUGGUCGCUGUGGUAGAACAUUUAUUUUGAUUGGCGAUUUUCUGCAUUUAUCAGAGUUCCAUCAGGUAGCCUGAUUUCAGAGGUGCCCAUGUAAACAGGAUUAUUAGGGAAAUCGAUCUUCUUGAAAAGCAUGUAAACGUUUAAAUCAAACUAUUAUAUUAAUCUGACUAUUCACAAUCGUAUUAUUGUGUGCAUGUAACAGUACUGAGUACGUUUACAUGAACAGUAAUAAUUCAAUAUUAAACCAAUUAUGGCCGUAGGCAGAUUAUUCAAUAGUCUUGUAAACGUCUUACUCUGUUUAUCUUAAUCAGCGUAAGUUCAAAAUCGAAGUAAGUGUACGCUGAUUAAAACACCUGGUUUUCUGAGCAAUCUUUAGAAUGAUUAAGACAUGUAAACACCUUAAUCGGCGUUCCAGCAGUUUAUUUGAUCUGCGCAUGUGCUAGCAACAGCCGAGCGAGUCUACCUCUUUUAGCGCGAGUGAAGUGAGUUCGGAACAACUGAAUGUAUGCAUCUUAGAAGUAGUUUUCACAAACUUUAUAUGUCUGAACUCAGAAUCAAAAAAAUGCUUCCCAAAAAUAACAUGGUCACUGUGGUAGAACAUUUAUUUUGAUUGGCGAGGUAGCCUAAUUUCAGAUGUGUCCAUGUAAACAGGAUUAUUAGGGAAAUUGUUCUCGUUCCAAAGCAUGUAAACGUUUUAAUCAAACUCUUAUAUUAAUCAGACUAUCUACAAUAAUCACAUCAUUGUGUGCAUGUACUCAUUGUGGUUUUAGUCUUUAUUUUAUGCUUCUAUGUGAACGUACAAUACUUAUGAAACUCCACCCACCCCCCCUCUCGAUGAAGUGUGCACUAGUUCGCUACCCCUCGCGUUGAAUAGGAUUAGAUUGGUUUAGUGGCUUCAUGUUGUUUUGUAUUUCUCAUCCAGUGCCUGCUGCGACCAAAGCCAGCCCCUGCAAAGCGGAGGGGGAGCUGAAGAAAGACCACGAGGAGGGCAAGAACACAACAGAGGAGGCCUCCACAAGCCUCAACAACCAGGGGGAAGAGAAGGUACUCACUCCACUUCUCUCAAUACAAAGCUUAAUCUACACUCAAUGUUACGAGGACAAUGAAAAGCAUGUAAUUUUUUACACUACAUUCAAAGUCAUGAAUGAACCAGUAGACGGAUAUCUUGUUUUGAUAGUAUAAUUCAGAAAGGGAUAUUAUGACCAGAUAAAAUGGAUGGAAAUAUAUUACAUUGACAACUUCUUCAAUCUUGCUUCAUGCAUUAUUAGGGGUUCACAGCGAAGCAGUAUGUAGGUGCAUGGUACAUCUCUUAACUUAAUUUGAGAAAAGCUAAGGGAUUGGUUAUGAGAUGGCUGAGUUAUUGAUAAAUCAGGAAAUAUGAUUGUAUGUGGCCAUUUAAACCACUGUAAAUCCACUCCAGUGGUCUAUCAACUUGAAACAUGUCAUCGCGAUCUUGGACGUCCCUAAAAUGAACCACACUGAAUUUGGUAUUUACUCAUUCUUUGCUUAUCUAACGCUAAUGCUCAAAAUCAUCUGCAAUGAUCUUCUCAACAUGAACCAUAAGUUAGAUUGACUCCAGAUUUGGCAUAUAGACUCAAUGAAUUAGCCUCAAAUGAAUUUGAGAAUGAUUAGUUGCUGCAUUCAAUGUCAGCCACGCUACACCACUAGAUGGCACCAUAUCACACCAGGGCUAUAAGAACUGAACCGAUGGACAUGGGUCCAUAAAAUUUGGUAUGUAAACCUUAUGUAUAUGUCCUUAGAAGCUGUUUGAAUAUAAAGUCACUGCAACCUUAGAUGGCUGCACCAGAGCAGUUGGUGGCACUAUAGAUGUCAUUGGCACCAGUGGGACCAUAGGAUACUAGAGCAAUAACUUGAUCAAGUGGACUGUCUCAUGCAAAAUAAUGUUACAUUUAAAUUAUGCAGACGAACAAGGUGAAAUAUCGUGAAAAUAACACUGAAAAUAUUUCAAAAUCUUAACAUAAACCAUUAAAAAAUUUACCCCGGAAUUGUUAUAUGAACGUAAUACAAAAAUAAAAGAAGGAAGCCUGUACAGAAUACAAAUAUUCCAAAACAUGCAUCCUGUUUGCAACAAGGUACUAAAGGAAUAAUGCAAAAAAUGUGGCAAAGCAAUUAACUUUUUGUCCUGAAAACAAAGUGUUAUGUUUGGGGCAAAUUGAAUACAACACAUUACUGAGUACCACGCUCCAUAUUUUCAAGCAUAGUGGUGGCUGCAUCAUGUUUGAGUUUUUCAGGAUAAAAAAUUAACGGAAUGUACAGGAAAAAAAGUACAGGAAAAAUCCUAGAGGAAAACCUGGUUGUCUGCUUUCCACCAGACACUGGGACAUUAAUUUGCCUUUCAGCAGGACAAUAACCUAAAAACACAAGGCCAAAUCUACACUGGAGUUGCUUACCAAGACAGUGGCCGAGUUACAGUUUUGACUUAAAUCGGCUUGAAAAUCUAUGGCAAGACUUGAAAAUGGUUGUCUAGCAAUGAUCAACAACCAAUUUGACAGAUCUUGAAGAAUUUUGAAAAUAAUAAAUGGGCAAAUAUUGUACAAUCCAGGUGUGCAAAGCACUUACCCAGAAAGACUCAUAGCUGUAAUCGCUGCCAAAGGUGAUUCUCACAUGUAUUGACUCAGGAUUUUGAAUGCUAAUGUAAAUUAUAUUUCUAUAUUGAAUGUGUAAUACACUGUUUAUCCUUUCUUUCUUAAUUCCCUUCCUUCUUAGACUUCACAUAUCAGACCAAAAUGGAUAAGUUAGAGCAAUGUGUCCACUUUCUAACCUAAUGCUUUCAAUCUCUCCAUUUAUGUCUCACCUUUUGCAAUCACAUUGAGGAUGGAAAGAUGCAUCCAGUUUUCAAACAGAGGACAUUGUGUGACAUCUGUCCUUCUCGCAGGUAAAAGCCAAUGGGGGGCCAGGUUGCAAAAGGGCGCACCAGGAGAUAGAGGGAGGCUCGCCCUCCAAAGCACCCUCUGAGUGCAGGCUCAAGGAGCUGAGGGGCACAGGGACAGAGAGAGCAGAGUCUGGAGCUGUGUUCUGGCCAUCAGCCUGGAGAACCAAACUCUGUUCCUGUGUCAGCUGCAAGGUAUGUCAUCACCACUUCUUAUCAGUGGUGAUAAGAAGUGGUAGAAUUACCAUUGACAAUGGGAAAACUGUUGCUCACCGCUUCCUCCCUCUCUCUGGCAGAAAUUCUAUGCCGACGUGAGUGUGUCCUUCCUCCUGGAUGAGUCGGACACUGUCCUAGCCUACGAGAACAAAGGCAAGACCACUGAACAGGAGCAGGCAGGGAGCACCGAGGGUCGCGACCCCCUGAUGUCGGCCCUCAACACCCUGGGCCGGGUUCAGCAACUGGAGAUAAUCCAUGGUAUGAAAUGUGGUAGGGGGUUAAAGAAAGAGCGGGAGAGAGACAGCCAGUACCAGUUAUCUCCCUAUCCCUUUGAUGUUUGCAGAUCUGAAGGUUCUGGGUAGGUAUGUGUAGUGGAGGAGCUUCCAUCAUUAUAACACCGUACAGACCUGCAUCCAUCAAAGUGUUAGGGGUAGGGAGAUAAUUGGGACCAGCUGACAGGGAGAGCAUGAGUGAGGGAAGGAGGGGGAGGCAGGUGUUGGAUGGGUUGUUAGUUAGAGCCAUUCCCUCAGCUGUAUUGAUUGAAAAACAGAUUGAAUUUAUUUUGUGAGGCUAACUGGGGAACAAGCCAAGUGGAGACAACCAUUGGUGCCUCAAUCAGAAAAUACAGCUGCUUUUUAAAGUUGUUUUAUUUUGCUGGUUCUCAGGGUACAAUGACAUGAAGACUGAGCUGAAGGAUUUCCUGCAGAGAUUUGCUGCAGAAGGAAAGGUAGGUAAAACCUGCCAAUUUACCAGCACACACAGACACAGACACACACCCACACUAUUCAGUUGAAUGAUUAAAGGGCAAUUCCACCACUUUUCAACCUCAUUUUCAUGAUUUCCAGCACAAUACCAGUGUCUACAUGUGGAAACAGCUAAUUUCUAAGUUAUGUAGAAAAAUAUUAAAGUUAAAAUGUUCUACCCGAUGACAUCAUCAAAAGUUAAAACAUUUUAAAAACAGUGAUUUUAAAACACUAGAUAUUCCAGUGAUGUGGGGAGCAAGAAAACAGACCUCCCUCUGGCUAGAAACUCGUUGCAGGUUUUAAAAAUCCCAGUUUUUCCUACUUUUAAUCCGACCCUGUGAUGUCACAGAGAAGCAUUUUCAGGACCUUUCUUCUUAUCUUUUUAACCACAGAUCAUAGAGACUCAUAUUUCACAUACAGUUGAAGUCGGGAAGUUUACAUACACCUUAGCCAAAUACAUUUAAACUCAGUUUUUCACAAUUCCUGACAUUUAAUCCUAGUAAACAUUCCCUGUUUUAGGUCAGUUAGGAUCACCACUUUAUUUUAAGAAUGUGGAAUGUCAGAAUAAUGGUAGAGAGAAUUAUUUAUUUAAGCUUUUAUUUCUUUCAUCACAUUCCCAGUGGGUCAGAAGUUUACAUACACUCAAUUAGUAUUUGGUAGCAUUGCCUUUUAAAUUGUUUAACUUGGGUCAAACGUUUCAGGUAGCCUUCCACACGCUUCCCACAAUAAGUUGGGUGAAUUUUGGCCCAUUCCUCCUGACAGAGCUGGUGUAACUGAGUCAGGUUUGUAGGCCUCCUUGCUCGCACACGCUUUUUCAGUUCUGCCCACACAUUUUCUAUAGGAUUGAGGUCAGGGCUUUGUGAUGGCCACUCCAAUACCUUGACUUUGUUGUCCUUAAGCCAUUUUGCCACAACUUUGGAAGUAUGCUUGGGGUCAUUGUCCAUUUGGAAGACCCAUUUGCGACCAAGCUUUAACUUCCUGACUGAUGUCUUGAGAUGUUGCUUCAAUAUAUUCACAUCAUUUUUCUUCCUCAUGAUGCCAUCUAUUUUGUGAAGUACACCAGUCCCUCCUGCAGCAAAGCACCCCCACAGCAUGAUGCUGCCACCCCCGUGCUUUUCUUUUCUAUGGCGGUUUUGGAGCAGUGGCUUCUUCAUUGCUGAGCAGCCUUUCAGGUUAUGUCGAUAUAGGACUCGUUUUACUGUGGAUAUAGAUACUUUUUGUACCUGUUUCCUCCAGCAUCUUCACAAGGUCCUUUGCUGUUGUUCUGGGAUUGAUUUGCACUUUUCGCACCAAAGUACGUUCAUCUCUAGGAGACAGAAAGCGUCUCCUUCCUGAGCGGUAUGACUGCUGCAUGGUCCCAUGGUGUUUAUACUUGCGUACUAUUGUUUGUACAGAUGAAUGUGGUACCUUCAGGCGUUUGGAAAUUGCUCCCAAGAAUGAACCAGACUUGUGGAGGUCUACAAUUAUUUUUCGGAGGUCUUGGCUGAUUUCUUUUGAUUUUCCCAUGAUGUCAAGCAAAGAGGCACUGAUAUUGAAGGUAGGCCUCGAAAUACAUCCACAGGUACACCUCCAAUUGACUCAAAUGAUGUCAAUUAGCCUAUCAGAAGCUUCUAAAGCCAUGACAUAAUUUUCUGGAAUUUUCCAAGCUGUUGGAAAAAUUACUUGUGUCAGGCACAAAGUAGAUGUCCUAACCGACUUGCCAAAACUAUAGUUUGUUAACAAGACAUUUGUGGAGUGGUUGAAAAACAAGUUUUAAUGACUCCAACCUACAGUGGGGAGAACAAGUAUUUGAUACACUGCCGAUUUUGCAGGUUUUCCUACUUACAAAGCAUGUAGAGGUCUGUAAUUUUUAUCAAAGGUAGUACACUUCAACUGUGAGAGACAGAAUCUAAAACAAAAAUCCAGAAAAUCACAUUGAAUGAUUUUUAAGUAAUUAAUUUGCAUUUUAUUGCAUGACAUAAGUAUUUGAUCACCUACCAACCAGUAAGAAUUCCGGCUCUCACAGACCUGUUCGUUUUUCUUUAAGAAGCCCUCCUGUUCUCCACUCAUUACCUGUAUUAACUGCACCUGUUUGAACUCGUUACCUGUAUAAAAGACACCUGUCCACACACUCAAUCAAACAGACUCCAACCUCUCCACAAUGGCCAAGACCAGAGAGCUGUGUAAGGACAUCAGGGAUAAAAUUGUAGACCUGCACAAGGCUGGGAUGGGCUACAGGACAAUAGGCAAGCAGCUUGGUGAGAAGGCAACAACUGUUGGCGCAAUUAUUAGAAAAUGGAAGAAGUUCAAGAUGACGGUCAAUCACCCUCGGUCUGGGGCUCCAUGCAAGAUCUCACCUCGUGGGGCAUCAAUGAUCAUGAGGAAGGUGAGGGAUCAGCCCAGAACUACACGGCAGGACCUGGUCAAUGACCUGAAGAGAGCUGGGACCACAGUCUCAAAGAAAACCAUUAGUAACACACUAGGCCGUCAUGGAUAAAAAUCCUGCAGCGCACGCAAGGUCCCCCUGCUCAAGCCAGCGCAUGUCCAGGCCCGUCUGAAGUUUGCCAAUGACCAUCUGGAUGAUCCAGAGGAGGAAUGGGAGAAGGUCAUGUGGUCUGAUGAGACAAAAAUAGAGCUUUUUGGUCUAAACUCCACUCGCCGUGUUUGGAGGAAGAAGAAGGAUGAGUACAACCCCAAGAACACCAUCCCAACCGUGAAGCAUUGAGGUGGAAACAUCAUUCUUUGGGGAUGCUUUUCUGCAAAGGGGACAGGACGACUGCACCGUAUUGAGGGAAGGAUGGAUGGGGCCAUGUAUCGCGAGAUCUUGGCCAACAACCUCCUUCCCUCAGUAAGAGCAUUGAAGAUGGGUCGUGGCUGGGUCUUCCAGCGUGACAACGACCCGAAACACACAGCCAGGGCAACUAAGGAGUGGCUCCGUAAGAAGCAUCUCAAGGUCCUGGAGUGGCCUAACCAGUCUCCAGACCUGAACCCAAUAGAAAAUCUUUGGAGGGAGCUGAAAGUCCGUAUUGCCUAGUGACUGCCCCGAAACCUGAAGGAUCUGGAGAAGGUCUGUAUGGAGGAGUGGGCCAAAGUCCCUGCUGCAGUGUGUGCAAACCUGGUCAAGAUCUACAUGAAACGUACGAUCUCUGUAAUUGUAAACAAAGGUUUCUGUACCAAAUAUUAAGUUCUGCUUUUCUGAUGUAUCAAAUACUUAUGUCAUGCAAUAAAAUGCAAAUUAAUUACUUAAAAAUCAUACAAUGUGAUUUUCUGGAUUUUUGUUUUAGAUUCCGUCUCUCACAGUUGAAGUGUACCUAUGAUAAAAAUUACAGACCUCUACAUGCUUUGUAAGUAGGAAAACCUGCAAAAUCGGCAGUGUAUCAAAUACUUGUUUUCCCCACUGUAAGUUCUGACUUCACUGGUAUGGUGCUGGAGAUAAUGAAUAUGAGGUUGAAAAGUGGUGGAAUUGUCCUUUAAGCAUAUCCGCAUCGUCAUUUUAUGGUCCUCAGACUAUAAUGAUAGUAUUAAUGAGAGGAUUGUUUUGACCUAUAUUCACAUUGUGUUCUCUGGAUCUGAAAUGCCACCUCCUGGCUGUCCUAUCCUUGGUGUGUGACCAUGUGCUCAAACUUUUAUUUAAAGUAAAUGUCCAAUGAAAAUCUCAUUCUUAAAAGCUCAUAUUCUGUCAAAAUUGUACUCCUAAUGUGACCUUGAUUGGUUGUAUCCAAAGUCGCUCGCUACACACUUUCCAGAAAAAAAUACACCCAAUAAAUUAGGCAUAAAAAGUUUGUGCCUCGUCCCCUCCUCUUCCAGGUGGUGACUCCUGAGGACAUCCGUCAAUUCUUCGAACAGCAGCAGAGCCGCAAGAGACGACGGGCCAAUGCGGGCCAGUACUACUGCAGCUGA